GUCUUCUCGGAUUCAAACCCUUCUCCCCAUUUUUCACUGGAAAGUGGAAACCCUAGUUUGAGCUCCUUUGCUUCGCGUCCACAGGUAGGCGCCAUGCUCCCUCAUUCGUACACCGUCGAUUCGUUCUCUCAAUCGCAGGACCUCGCCUCGGCCAUUCUUGCCGCCUCCACGCCUUCCAAGAUCUCCGCCGCCUGCGGUUCCGUCGAGUCGUUUCUGCACUCACACACGCCGGAUCAGUCCCGCCAUUUCUUCUCCAUCACCUUCCCGACUCUAAUCUGUAAGCUCUUCGGCUUUGGCGACGCGGCGGUGGCUCCUCCUCCUCCGUCGCAGUUGCCAAAUGGAUGGAUUGACGUAGUAUCGGCGUCCAACGAUUCGGAUUUAGCGGCUAGGAUUUUCCAUCUCUUGUCCCCGAGUGGAAUCCUAAUGAGUUCAAUCUCUGCUGUUGAUAAGUUAUCUCUGGUUAAAUACGUGUUCCCGACCGAACGCCUUCCGGAGUGGGCUCGAUUCAUGUUCUCGAGCGAGAAGGAUUGCGGUGUCUUAUCCGAUUUGUGCCCGUUGUUCAGAGGUAAGGUUCAGGAUGAUUCAUUGAAGGGGUCGUCGUAUGAAAUUAGGUUAAAUGUUUUCGAGUAUUACAUGUUUUGGUUCGCGUAUUACCCGGUUUGUAGAGGAAACAAGAAGAACUCUGUUAGAGUUUCCGUGAAAAGGACGAAUAAAUUCCGGUUAGAGCGCUGGGCAUCUUCUAUAAGGGGCUUCCCAGGGAGUAGCAAACGCGAUCCGGAUCUGAAACAGGACUGUUGUAUAUACCUAAGGCUUCUUUACGCUUAUCUGAAAGCAUUUGUACCUGUUUUUGACUUGAACGCACACCAGCCUUAUCGUAUCUCUCUUUUGCAUUACGGGAACGGGUGUGAUGGGUCCGUGAUGACGAGAGCUGAAUUUGUGGUGAACGUGUUCGUGCAUUACUGGCUCGUUGAUAAUGAUUUCUCACCUUUUUCUGUUGGUACGGCCAAAUCGUUUGGUUUGUCUUUUCCCUUUCGUUCUGCUUUGGAUGAGAAUCCGCCAACUAGUGGGUUAGAGGAAGUGGUGAAGUUGCUUGUGAAGUACCUGAAUCUGAGCUGGGUUACAAGUGGAGAUGGUCAUGAAACUUAUCCUGAGUAUGGUGAGAGUCCUCGAUGGAAGACUCCGAGUUCUGGAUCGUCGUUCAAUGCUGUGAACUUUAGUCUCCGGCCGCCCGGUUCCUGGAACACUUAUAUACAGAGGCCGCUUUAUCGUUUUAUAUUACGAACUCUCUUGUUCUGUCCUUUAGCGACUUCCAUUAAGAAUGCAUCUCAGGUAUUCUCAGUUUGGGUCACUUACAUGGAACCGUGGUCAAUCAGCUUGGAUGAUUUCUCAGAUCUUGAUGCUCCCGUAAAUAUGCUCCCAAAAGAAGUGAAAAGGGAAACUUCUGAAUCGCACGCUUAUGGCUAUUCAUCCUUGUGGCAGAACUAUGUGAUAUCCAAUUAUUUGUACUACAGCUCUUUGGUUAUGCAUUUUAUCGGCUUUGCGCACAAGUUCCUUCACACAGAUCCUGAAACAAUAACCCAGAUGGUGCUGAAGGUGAUGAACAUUCUAACAUCGGCAAAAGAGCUUGCAGAUUUGAUAAAGACCGUUGACAGUGCAUUUCAUUCCAAAACACAAAUGGCAUCAGGAAAAUCAACAGUGAACAGCUUGUCUAGAUUUAUUCCAUCCAUUCGUGAGCAGUUGAAGGACUGGGAAGAUGGAUUGUGUGAGAGCAAUGCUGAUGGAUCGUUCUUGCAUGAGAACUGGAACAAAGACUUGAGACUAUUCGGUGAUGGUGAAGAUGGUGGACAACAACUGCUUCAGCUAUUCAUAAUGCGGGCAGAGGCUGAGCUGCAAGGUGUGUCUGGAAACAAUAGCCGGCAAGUAAUGGAGUGCAUAGAUGAACUGAAAUCAAGAGUUGUAAACUUGUUCAAGGGGCAUGUGAUUAAACCAAUUUCGUUUACACUAGAACCAGAGCAGCCCCAGAAGAAUCGUGAUGAUCUGUUCAAGCCCAGGCGAGCUGGGAAGCAAGGAGUGGGCAGUGUGAAGUACAAAGGGGACUGGAUGAACCGGCCAGUGUCAGAAGACGAGGUCAGAUGGCUAGCUGAGCUUUUCGUUCACAUCUCUUUCUGGCUGAACGAGCGGCUCGGGCUUAACCAACCGGAGGAAGAGGAGGAGGAAACAAAGGCAGAGCCUUAUGCAUAUGUGGAGGUAGCAGAGGAGGUGAAGGGAGGUGGAGAUGUGGUGGGGAUGGUGCAGUUGAUGAGGAGGUAUGGUGUUCGAGUGAACCUCCGGGUUAUGGCCUCGAAGAAGUUCCUGAUGCUUCUGUUGCUGUACGCUGUUUAUUUUGUACUCAAGAGGCUUCUUAGGAUGGUUUUUUGAAAUGCGUAGAUAAGCCAAAGCAUCAUUACAGAAAAUAUAUAGUAUGGUCGCUGGCCUCGAAGAAGUUACCGGUUCCGGUGUAGACUCCUUGUAGUUUGUUUUUGUGGGAAAUGUAUGCCGUUUUACUUGUACAGAUAUAGAUUGUGCGAUGUUUUAAUUAUGUAGUUCAGCUCACAAUGCCCA